UCGUUUUUUAUUUUUUUUAUGUGACAAAUAUCUUGAAUUAAAUAAAUGAAGGUAAUGGCAUAAUAAAAUAAUGAACGGUUGCGUCAAUUGUUUACCACCGUUAGCACAAUUGUAUGUCAACGAUAGAAGGGUUUUGCAAGGAUAUUUGGAAAUUGAAGUAAGCUAUUUGCGUUUCAUAAUCAAUCGUCCGGUACUUAAAGCGACUCACGAAGUCUCAAAAGCAGAAUUUGACGUACGAAAUAAAAGGAAAACCGCUUCUUGUGUAAAUGAAAAAUUUAAUAUCAAUUUAAGUGAGACAAGGAAUCAAAAAGUAGAAGAACUAGAUCAACAAAAGUGGAAACAGAAGCAAAUUGUUCAAGUGAAAUUUGUCUGGUGGGAAGAACGCAACGAAGACGCCGCAAAAGUUUGCGUUAGGUGUGAGUCACUCACACAGUCACAAGAGCAACUGAGCCAACAGACAAAAUACCGUUUUAAUAGACAACAGCAAUACGUCGCGCAGCAACCUUUGCCAACUAAUAAAUUGCGUUACCGUAUCUGCACGAGCGGCGCGUUAUUAUUAGCAUAUCUACGUUCGUGUCAACCUGUCGAAAUAAUUGUGUCAAACGUUGCCACUACGGAACCCCUGAAACAAGCUAAUUUACGCUUGCCUAUAGUCCUUCUACGAAAAUACGCCGCUUCCCAUACGGAAAAGAAUAGUUCCGAAUAUAAAACCAAAUUAUAUGCCCUUUGUUGUAAGACAAGCAUUUUAGCAAAAAGUAAUAGUGCAACGCGUUCGGUGAAGUCGGAACAAUUUCAACUGCGUUUCAGAAUGUUGUUUGCGCCAACCGCGGCUUUAGCCGCUAAGCAUAGCCUCCAGCAGGAUCAAUUAACUUCACAGUUGCAGCACCGCCAUCAUCAUCACAACGUACAUAAGCACGGCAAGGCAUUGGUUCAGGACUCUUCACAAGGUGAUAAGCCUGUUCGUUUAACUAGCCAAAGCAAAUCUGAAGAAAUUGUUGAAGCUAUGAAAAAGUUGGAUGCUAAACUGGUUGCCUAUUUGGCAGGUCAAAAUGACAUUACCACUAAAAUCAAUAGUUCUACGGUCGAGGACGAUAAGCACACUGCGAAUUUACAAUUAAUGCGGCAGCCAACUAAUGAACCAUUAAGAAACGUUUUAUUGGAAGAUGAAUGUCGUGAGAAGAAACUGGAAAUUUUCAAGUCUAUUACAGGCGUGAAAUUGGAAAUGGAGGCUUUAACUUUGCAACCAGAAGGAACUAGACGUAUGGAAUUGUUGCAGACUGAAAUACGGCCUAUAUUCACGGUAGAGUGCCAACUUUCCAAUGAACUAAUCCACAACGUGCCGCGCUAUGAAAUGUUUCAUAUAAUGCAAUUUGAAUCAGAAAAAUUCCAGAGCUUGACACAGUGCACUCGCUUCGGUCAAGAAGCCCAACGUAACGUUCGGUUGCAAUUUAAUGAUAAUAUCAAUGCCAAUCUUAACAGUAAUGAUGAUGAUGGUAGUCAAUUGAAUUUUGGUAGCAUACAUUUUACUGUGUGGUGGCGCGAGCCCGGUACCUGUCUUAAUGAAAUGUUGGGUAUGGGUAAUUUAAAACUAGUUGAUUUGUAUAAUGCUUCACUGCUGGAACAGUGCAAACGCAUCAGUGUACAGCGCCGUGGCAUACAUUUGGCCAGUCUCUACUUUAAAAUCAUAUUACAACGUGACUUGAAUGCCCAACACAAAUUUCAAAUUAUAGAACGUGGAAUUGCUCUACAUAAGCAAAAAAUCGUCGACAGCGAUGAAUCGCCUACUGCUGGUAGCAAAGCGGCAUCGGAAACGAAACAACAAAACGCGUCUAGCAGCAACCAAGUGUUCUCGACCAACAUAGAUAAAGCUACCUAUUCAGCUUCCGCACAAAAUAAUUAUAUAGAAAUUGGAUCUUCCAACUUUGACAAUGAGACCUCCAAAGUAUGUCUACUUAAAGGUUUUAUUUAUGCCAAUGAGAUGCGUCAAAUGGAAUUCAAAGCACAAACGGGGAAGUUUCUCGUUUGUCGUCGUUUUUGGUUAGACGAGCCAGCCACCAUUUUAGCGGAUGACACCGAUCAAUUUAACUAUCAGGAGCAAUUUUCGGUUGUCAAUGAUGCGAAAUUUUUAAAACGUAUGGAUAAGCAAUACUUACAUUUGGAAUUAUGGCAGCAUUUGCGAAAGAACGGCGGCGAUGACGACAAUGGUAAUGAAAGUGGUCUCUUACAACCAGUUGGUGUUGUUCGUAUGCCUUUGCAUCAAUUUUUUAUAGCUUAUCGUGAUGCAGCCAUAACUAACCAUUUAUGUGAAGGAAAAUUGCCUGUGAUUUCCAUGGAUGCGUGGGCACCGAUUGUAAAUUGCCAAACUGGUGUGAAGGUCGGCGAAUUGAAAUGUCUUUUGGCUAUAGGCAGUGAGGAGCAAAUUAGAUAUCUUAAACAAUUAAGGGGAUUCACCCAACAGUUAACACAAACGGAACAAUUAUUGCCCAAGAAUAUCAAAGAAGAUUUCCCAGCAUUGCAACUGGCUUCAACUUCUAACUCCACAGAUGGUUCUCUCACAUUAUCGACAAGACAAAUUAAACAAACAGCCGACCUAUUAGAUAUGCUGCAGAAAGCUCUAAAAACCCCGCCGUCCUCCCCAGCUAUUACUCCAGUUCGGGCUGGUCCUCCCUUUAAAGCAUCCAACCCUAGUUCAAACUUGAAACCAUUGCAACAAUCUAAUGUUAAACUCUUUAAAUUUGUUUUGGAUAUUCAAAGAGCCAUUGAUUUACCCUUAAAUCCUUCAACAGCAGGCAAAUCGAAAAAAUCGUGUAAACGAAACGGUUCGAGACGUUUUCCGCCAAAUGAGCCGCCCAGCUGUUACGUAACAUUCCAGGCAGACGAAGGGCAGUAUCCAACAUAUAAAUCCCACGAGGGCAUGGUUUACGCUACCAAUAUAAUUGAAAAAUCCACCCAGCCCCAUUGGCAACAACGUUUUCGCUUAGCUACGUCUACGGAUUACUUAAACAAUCUACAAAAGCGUUUCAUUGUAAAAGUGUGGAAAAAAUCGGCCCUCGACAUAGCGCAAGCGCGUUUACAACCUACACCCUUGGAAGAUGCGAUUAUUGGUUUCGCCGCUCUUGACUUUACGUUAUUUAUGCGGGGCUUGCACAUAGCUGGUUACUUUAACAUUGUAGAUUUUAAUGGUCGUAUUAAUGGUCAAUUAGAGAUACGUUGCCAUCCACUGGAGGAGAUGAAACCGACAUAUAUAUCGCAUAUACCCCAUUCGCUCCCCGAUACUGUUGAAACGUCUUCAGUUGAUUCCGUUAUAGAUCAGUUUGAACAAACCCUGGAUCUAGCCCAUUUAAGCUUGGGUCAAGCAAUAAAAAGAAAGUUUACGGAAUUGGAAAGCAUUUCAUAUCGCUUGCGAGCUCGUUUAGGCGAUGUUGCUGGUUCAACAUUGCCCCAUGAUUUCGAUUUUUCAGCUUUGGAUAAGUGGCAGUCUCUGCAACUAGAAGAGAUUAACGAUAAUGAUUUAGAGGAAUUUGAGCAUGACCUCAACCAUACACCGAUUGAUCUAGAGGAGGAGAAAAUUGAGCAACAAGAAGCAGGGAAAACUCAUAACGAGGAAGCCAAGCGCAGUGAAUAGUGUUUGUGGUUACGACAAACCCCUGCCGCUUGUCCUUCUCAUUUAAAACAUUGCACCCUCUUUAUAUUAAUUUUGCCACUAAUACCGUUACAUUUACUCUACUAUCCCAUCCAGCAUUAUUCAUAGCACCGCCAUUCCCCUCACCUACUUAGCUCCGAAAUACUUAUAUGUAUUUUAGUCAGUGGACAGCAUGAAUUUAAUUCAUUUUCAUAGUAUAUGUAGAGAAACUCAUAAAACGAAGACAUAGAUUAUUUAAAAAUUUAAAAAAUAUAUGAAGGAAAAAUUUUUUUUACAUUAAAGCUGAAUUUCCAAAUUGGUUUUUAAUUUGUGUUUAAUUUGUUUAGCUAGAGUUAAAAUUAAACAAAACGGAAGUAAGAAAAUAAGUUCGUUUUUUAUAAAUGGUAUUUAACCACUCUUUUUGUCUCGUUUAUAUAUUAUGGUACCGAUUAGUCAUUAGAAUUUUACUGCUUAUAUUACGUGUGUUUACACAAAAGCCUAUCGUUAUUGUUAGUAUUAAUUAGAUCUAUGUUGUAUUUAUUACUUUUCGCUUUUUUAUUAUAACUGCAAAGGAGUAUGUAAUAAAUUGGCCCUGAAUUGUGACUCAAGUAUUU